GAGCUGUAGAAGGGGGGGGGGGGGGGCAGGCUGCUCUAUCUACAACCCUAGCCCCAAGCAGGCAAAGGGCAAAGACAGUAACCACCUCAAUUUGGUCUCUGUCUAUCUCCCCCAGCCUCAUCCACUGGAACGGAAGUCAGCUCUCUGGACCACCCCGCAAUCAUCUGGACCCUUGAAAAGUUUUUGACUUCGGGAACAGGAAAGGAGAAAAUGCAGAUUUAAGUAAUGAGAACGGAAAAAGAGGUGUAGCAUUACCAUUGGUGGCCAGAGGGUUUAGGUUUUUGACAUAUCUUCAGCACCAGCCAUUCACGUGACGUUGCUACAUUGGAAUUAAACACUGGGAUUUAAUCGCGCGGAGGAGUUGAGGAUCUACCGUAAAUAUUUGCCUUCAUGGCAACAUAAUCUGCACAAGGGAUUUACUGUCGGAAUAGAACUUUUAUUUUCUAACUAUGACUGAAGCAGUUGAAGGAUGUCUCCUCCCUCACACAUGGCCAUGAGAACUGACUUGGACAGACUUUAAAACGCGAUCGACGACCACCACAAUGGUCAUCGAAGGUAAGAACGGAGACGCCGGGUCACUGUCUGUGCGAGGGUCCAAGAAAACUUUUACAGAUGACCUCCACUCUACCUUCAGUUCUCCACUGGCCUGGAUCUUGGUUCUGGCUCUCGUCAUUACAUGGUCUUGUGUUUUUGUCAUCAUGUUUGAUUUGAUGGACUACAAGACAGUUUCAGGUCGUCCACCUCCUGUCGUCAGGAAGGUUUUAAAGGAAUCAGGCCGUAGAGGAGGCCUCAGCAAGAUCGGCUCAGACCCCCUGAAGGCGGUGAACAAUGUUGUGGAGGAAUCGACAAACGUGAUCAGUGUAAUAUUAAAAUUUGCUGCCAACCUGAUUGCUCCUGACGAAGAUGAAGGAAAUCUAUACGCAGUGAGAAAAAAAGGAGAAUUUCUACCAUCCCGAAGUAAAGGUUUGUACCUCUUGUUCAUCAUAUUUAAGCUUGAUUGUUUACAGACUGGAAGACUAAAUGCUAAUUUCCUUUUCUCAGAGUCUUACUUUUCUGCAGUUUUCCUGGCCAGAGACAGACUCAGAGUGAAUGCUAAUGCUUCUCCGUAUCUGUUGGAUGUGUAAAUAAGCAACUGUUUGAGUUUUUCUAUAUCACCUUUAUAAUAUGAUAAUUGGUCAAUGUUAUGUUUACAGCUUGUUGCGCUGCCCCCCAGUGGCCAAAAA